AUGGCCACGGUAUCCGAAUAUAAAAACGCCCCCCUCAAACUACCCGCAGAUGUUGCUGAAGAAAUAGCAACCACAGCAAAGAAGCUUGUUCAAGCAGGAAAGGGAAUUUUAGCUGCUGACGAAUCGACCCAAACUAUUAAGAAAAGGUUCGAUAACAUCAAUGUAGAAAAUACUGUCGAGAACAGAGCUGCCUACAGAGACCUACUUUUCGGAACGAAGGGAUUAGGCAAAUUUAUAUCAGGUGCAAUUUUGUUUGAAGAAACCCUAUUCCAGAAAAAUGAAGCUGGUGUCCCUUUGGUAAAUUUAUUACACGAUGAGGGAAUCAUUCCAGGAAUUAAGGUUGACAAAGGUUUAGUUACCAUCCCAUGCACUGAUGAUGAGAAAUCAACCCAAGGAUUGGAUGGUCUAGCUGAAAGGUGUAAAGAAUAUUACAAAGCUGGUGCAAGAUUUGCAAAAUGGAGAGCUGUGUUAGUAAUUGAUCCAGUAAAGGGAAAGCCAACUGAUUUAUCCAUUCAGGAAACUGCAUGGGGAUUAGCUAGAUAUGCAUCAAUCUGCCAACAGAACAAGCUCGUACCAAUUGUUGAACCCGAAAUUUUGGCUGAUGGUUCUCACACUAUAGAAGUAUGUGCUACUGUAACUCAGAAAGUCUUGGCUUGUGUUUUUAAAGCAUUGCAUGAUCAGGGAAUUUUGUUGGAAGGAGCUUUAUUGAAGCCCAACAUGGUGACUGCAGGAUACGACUGUACUGUGAAAACCAAAACACAGGACAUUGGUUUCCUCACCGUGAGGACUUUAAGUAGGACGGUGCCCCCAGCUUUACCAGGAGUUGUAUUCUUAUCGGGAGGUCAAUCAGAAGAAGAAGCAUCUGUCAAUUUGAAUUCCAUGAAUGUGCUAGGUCCACACCCAUGGGCAUUGACCUUUUCCUACGGUAGAGCACUACAGGCAUCCGUCUUGAAUACCUGGAAAGGAAAGAAGGAGAAUGUAGCAAAGGCCAGAGAAGUGUUACUAAAGAGAGCAGAAGCGAACUCCUUGGCGACAUAUGGAAAGUACAAGGGAGGUGCAGGUGGAGCCGAUGCAGGUGCAUCCCUUUACGAGAAGAAGUACGUCUAUUAA